AUGUCUUCAGAUGAUUCAAACGGUGAGACCAAUGGCCGCAAGAAUGGGUCCAAAAGUGGUGGUCAAGAGUUGUCGCGAUUGAGGGAUGAGAACAAACGGCUGCAGAAGCUGUUAGACAACUACAAGAGUGACAGCAAAGCCAUUAUCAAUAAGGCGUUACUUCUUAAGGAGAGGGACAAGACAUCGGUGUUGGAGACCAUAGAGCUCUUGAAACUGAACGCAUACCUCAUCAGCCAUUUACCAGACGCCGAGCGAGUGCUCAACCAUUAUCUCAAACUCACGGCAUUGAAUGGCGGAUCCAAGUCAUCGACCUCUUCGGCUAAUAACAAGUCAAAGGAUAAGCGAAAGGAGUCCAUCGGUAACGACGACGAAGACAAGGAUCAAAGCAAGACAUCCGACGCCAGAAGACGUUCGCCACGAAAGCAGUCGAAGGCUUCCGAAGGAGAGUCAAGUAAUUCAAAGCGCAAACGUCUUGAGUACUUAUCCUCUGAUACGGAACCGGAGGUCAAAGACAAAGACAACACAAAGAAAAAGCCCAUAAUUGGUCCCAAGAGUAGACUCGGUCGGUCGCCCGUCAAGAAGUCUCAGUCAAAGGCCAACGAUAAUGAGUCUCAAAGUCGCGACAAAUCGGCUGAUUCGCAGACUUCAGAAAAACCUGAAGACAAAAGUGCAGAGAAAGUGGUUAAGAGAAAGCCGGGACCUAAGAGGGCGCGAAGACCUCGCGUUGAAGAGCCAAAAGGCUACUUUCCCUGUACUUUCGAUCCCAAACAAUGCGAUGAAAUAAUGGACACUAAAGAGCACUUUGACUUUCAUAUGAGCGGUCAUUACGACGCAAAGUAUGUGUGUCCGUUCUGUGCAUAUACGGGACCAACCAUUCAGACAAUCAAACGGCACAUAAACACUGAGAGGGAAAACGCGGCCAAAUGUGUGGCAGAGAAUAAGCCACUGAAUGAGGACUUGAAGGCACAUAAGGACCAGAAGAUCUACAAGUGUUUCGGUUGCAAAGUAUGCAACAAAAUACACGACAAACUCGAGAUACGGUGCGAACAUAUAGAGGAGGCCUCUGACAAUGAGUGCGAUUUCAUGCACGACAUCGACUACCAGUUCAAAGAUCACCUCAAAAGGCACUUCAAUGAGCUGUUCAAAGGUAUCAAAGACAAGGACCAGAGGAGGGAUAAAAUCCGACCCAUUGUUGACAAGUUUGCCGAAGAGAUGUAUUUCGAGAACAACGCAAAGAAGAGGGUUUUGAUCGAUAAGUUCCAGUCGAAAGACAAAGACGACAAACCAAAGGAUAAACCCAUUGUCAUG